AUGGAGUUCAAAAUGGAUAGCACCGAUGAGGAUGAUGAGUGGGUUGUUUGGGAGCCGACUGUCUAUGACCAGAACUUCUUGGAAACAGAGGUUGAAAUCAACAUGGUGCAGCACUAUGGAAGAGUCCAACCUGGAGGCACUGAAGUGGAGGUCGUAAUGGACUCAGGAGCAGACGUUUCGGUGGCUCCACUUGACUUCGCAGGCCUGGGCGACCGGCUGGACCUCUGGAAAUACUUGAAUGUGGAGGUGCAAGAUGAUGAAGUCAAGUUGGUUACCAUCCGGGAGAAGUUCGCCAUAGCCAAAGUGAACUCACUCAUCAUCUCGCUGGGCAAGAACCCCCUGGUCAUGACUGCCCUGGUUUCGUCCAUUGCCAUGUUGGAUGUCUCGGCGCUUCUCCCUCAGAUCGAGGAUGUGAUCGAAACGCCAGGGUGGAGCAUACUGCCCUCAGGCCUUCCAGUUCUGGUGGCGCACAGAACCAAAGAGAUCCCCUUCGAGCAGGCAGUGUGGUCGAGCGACGACUGGGAGUGGGUCGCGGUCUUUGUUCGGCGUGAAGAAGCUGUGCGAGGACCUCGGCGCGGAGAUACCUGGGUUCAAGUUUGCGCCAUGACGACCUAUGACUUUGAGCACUCGCCGAAGGUGAUCACGAACAUCGAGUCUGAGCUAGCUGGGUUCAGGGAUGUGUGUGUGCUUUUCCACGUGGCAGAGCUCAACCGGGAUAUCUUGACGAAUCCCGGGACCCUCUUCGAUGAGCCCAAGGAGUUCGAUGAGCCCUAUGUGCCUGGAGAUGUCGGGGGUGGUCUUGGCGAUGAGCCAAUGGAAGUGCUUGGAGGAGAACGGGACCUUCGAGGACAAGUUCGGCACGCGGAUCUUGAAGACGACGAGUUGGAUGGUGUGGAACUAAGCAUGGAAACCCCCCUCAAGAAUCUGAAAGAUCUCUGUGACAAGCUCGGGGUGAGCAAGAGUGGGCCAAAAGCUCGUGUUCUUCGGCGACACCUUGUUCCGAGAUGA